AUGUUCAAUGUGCCGUAUCUGUAUAACUACGUAGGCCGACAGGACUUGUCCGUCGAGCAGUCACGCACAGUUGCCAAAGCCCACUAUAGCACGGGGCCUGCGGGUCUUCCGGGCAACAGCGAUGCUGGCGCUAUGCAGACCUGGCUGCUCUGGAACAUGAUCGGACUGUAUCCCGUCACGGGCCAAACCACCUUCCUGAUUCAUUCGCCGUGGUUCGAGUCGUUGACAAUCGACCUGGGCGAUGACAAGACGCUGCAUGUUACAUCGACCGGCGGGGAUGGCAACGGGGAUUCCAACUAUUAUGUGCAGUCUCUGAAAGUGAACGGCAAGAAGUGGAGGCAGAACUGGCUGACCUGGGAUGAUGUCUUUGCGAAGGGUGGGAAGCUCGAGUUCGAGCUGGGCGCGAACGCCGUCAACUGGAGCACGGUUCCAGGCCCGUUGCUGAUCACUCCUGUAGGCGUGCUCAAGCUCGAUCCGUACCUGGAGCCCCAUACCGAUGCCCUGAAACACAGAUACGCUCUGGUGGAAAAAUGGGCCAAGACCAUCAAUGAAUCCGAAGGAGGACUGGAGAAGUUCAGCAGAGGCUACGAAACCUUCGGUCUCCAUGCGCGCCCCAACGGAGAGAUCGUGUACAAAGAAUGGGCACCCAAUGCGGUUGAGGCGUCGCUGGUCGGCGAUUUCAGUACGUGUGGCAAUCUUGGGGGGUUAUACUUGAGGGCAAUUUACUGA